UAUCACCCGAAUCACAGUACCUGAAAUCUUGUCUGCUAUUCACAUUUUACUUGUCAUUCUAUCUAUUGCAUCUACAUACUUACAGCAACCCACCAUGUCCAACAUUAUGAACCCCAUUGAUGACCCAUCGUACAACGUUGACGCGACUGAGGAAGCCUUCGGAACCAACAGCAUGGAGACAAACCACAGUGCCGGGUCCUUGGGACACGCCAAUGCCAGCCGCAAUCCCUACAACAGUAGCUCUCAGCCCAUGGCUUUCGACAGGUCACAGGCGGGUAGUAUGGACGGCAUUCACCCCAUGGCGGGUACGCACAAUUCAUACAACGCCUUCGGCGCCUCGACUGCUCGGCCAUUGAGCCAAGAAAUGUCUAAUACAAAAACUGCAUCGCCCAAUGCAAUCUUUGGGCCAAAGACCGGUCAAGGUUUUCAGGAAAACAUCCCACAUCAUUCGGCACCACAAGGCACUAUCAGCCCAUCGACGAAUCUCGCUAGUGGAGCCACUCAAUCCACCCCUACGAAUAGAAUGCCAUCCCCGACAAGCCCUUUGGGAUCCCUGGCAGAGGAUGCCAAUACUGCACGUGCGAAGUCCAAUCGUGGCAGUGUCCAGGCGGCGCAAUACAGUACUGGCCCGUCCGCAGAGAUCAACGAUGGAGGUCGUCGUACCUCGGACCAACUAUCACCUUCGAAAGAGCAUCAUCUAGAACACAUGUCGAGGAACACUGAUAGCCCACGAGCGGAGCUCAAUGGUAGCAGUACCCAGACGGGACAGCUGGGAUACCACACGCCCGUACCAGAUGAUGGUACCGCCGGCCUCAAGUCAGGAAACAGUGCCUCACGCGAAUCCCAUAGUGGCACCGAGUCGCAGAAGGACGAUGCAACUGGCGAUGCAGCAAACGCAUCAGCAGGGAACAAGAAAGACCGCAUGGAAGGGACGCUAGACAGUGACAUAAACGGAGAGAAAGUGAACGGCAUAGCUGGUGUGAUUCCCAUCUCUGGCAAUGCUGGCCCGACUACCACGAAGACAUUCGACCCACUUGCCACAGUGGAUGGCGGUAGCCGCCACAACAUCGACACUCGGUCCUCAACUGCUGCAGAGCCAGGGAUUGGUAAAAUUGAACCCAGUCAAGACAAUCGCGCUCACUCCUCUGACAUUGCUGGUAGCAGCUACAACACUCGGGGCAGUGGUUCCGUGCAGAGUAAGACAGAACCCCUCGACAGCCAAAACCCGGGAAAGACUAGCGCCGGUAUGACGUCGGGCUUGGAGGGUUCUGCGUCUUUGGGGUCUCAGCGAGCUGCGUAGAUGGAAUAGUCAUCAGCGUGACGAGUAAAGAAUUUUGAGUUUCCAAUACAUAUCACGAAUAAACAUAUUUACAAAUGAU